AUGACCUCGCAGGAUUUCGAGCUCCGCGAGCAGGACAGAUGGCUGCCUAUUGCGAAUGUGGCGCGGCUGAUGAAGAACACGCUUCCGGCUACGGCCAAAGUUUCCAAGGACGCGAAAGAGUGCAUGCAAGAGUGUGUGUCUGAGUUUAUCUCGUUCAUAACAAGCGAGGCCAGCGAUAAGUGUUUGAUGGAAAAACGUAAAACCAUCAACGGAGAGGACAUUUUGUACUCGAUGACGAACCUGGGAUUUGAAAACUACAGCGAGGUGCUCAAAAUCUACCUGGCAAAGUACAGAGAACAGCAGGCUUUGAAGCAAGAAAGAGGAGAAAUUCGAAAAAAGAAGGUGUCCAAGAAGAACGGCUUCACAGAGGAUACCAUGGACCAGGAGGACGAGGGUGAAGAGGACCUGGACUCGGGAAUGAAGAAAGAAGAGGAAGAUUUCCUGGAAUAUCCAGUGGACGACACGGACUCCAAAGACCAGCCCAAAUCCCACUUCGAAGAGAGCGAAUACGUCCAACAGCUUUACGAACAGGACUACGGCGACCACUCGCACUAUCCUCAUAAUCCGCAAUAUCAUAAUACCCAUCAAGACAACGAUAUAACGGUGAACCACUUGAAAAAUUCAGAGUCGACAGAAAUCAGCUCGCCCACCGGCGCCAAACACUUGGAUACGGCCAAACUCAAGUCCACAGAGAAGGUGGUGGCCACUACCGACGACGCUACGCUGUCUCUGAACCUGAACGAUAAUGUUCCAGAAGCAGUUUCCGAGACAGAAGAGCUGGCUUCUUUGACCAACGGCCAUCACGGGGCAAACGUGCUGUACCGUUACCAGGAGGACUUUUGA